AUGGCGGAUUAUGAACCUCUGACCUCAACUGUGAGACCAUUAAGCCAGUCUAUUUUGACUAUUAGAAUAAUAAAGUCCUUUCCAUAUAGAAAUGUCAAAAAUUACAUCUUGAAAGACUAUGAUAUAUCAGUUAAAACUCCAAAAGAUUUGCUAAAUGAUAUGCAGAAGAUAAUAAGCACAGAAGGAGGGCUAAGACCAUACAGAACCGUCAAAUACGAUUCUUUAAAGAUAUAUACCCAUGCUCAUGGAUCAAAAACAAUGAACUUGGUUAUCAAUUUUGAACAUGAUGAAGAUUGGUUCCUAGACCUUGAAAGCAACAAACCUCUACAUGAGUUGGGAGUUGACAAUGAAACUGAGAUCUCGUUGUUCAAUCUUGAAGCAUAUGAAGAGUUCAAAAAAAACCCAGAAGAAAAAUGGUGA